AUGCCCCGGGAGCCCCGUCGUGCCGCUCAACCACGCUUGACUGGCCCUUGCUCCGCGGCCCUCCGGCCCGCCCUCCAGAGGCGCUUUCCCAUUGGCAAGCGGCGCUGCCAAGCGAGGGGCCUCUCGCGGCCAUUGGCCCUUUGGCCGGCCGCCCCUUUCGGAGUCCCGCCUCAGUGCCCGCCCGCGAGGCCCUCCAGAGGCCGAUCCGAUUGGUGGGAUGAGCGGCUGUGGCUGCGGAGCGAGCUGCCGGGCUUCGGCGGCGCCUCCGCCGCUCGGUCGGUCGGUGGGUCGGGCCGCCCCCGCCAUGCCCAGAGGAGGCUCCCCGGCGCUGCCCGGAGGCGCCGCCACGGCCGACGCGAGCGCCGGGUGGAUGGAGGGGUGAGUGAGCCUGGCAGGAUUGUGGAUAAAAAUAUCUACAUUAUACAAGGUGAAAUCAAUACAGUAGUGGGAGCCAUAAAGCGCAGUGCGAGAUGGAGCACUCACACACACUUGGAUGAAGAACGGGAUCCCCUGUUGAACAGCUUCAGUAUCCUGAAGGAGGUUCUCAAUAAUAUAACUGACCUUUCAACGAUUGAGCCCAUUGUCUUUCUUCGGCCUUUCCUGGAAGUUAUCCGCUCUGAAGAUACUACUGGCCCCAUCACUGGGUUGGCCCUGACAUCCGUGAACAAGUUCCUUUCCUAUGCACUAAUAGAUUCUAGCCAUGAGGGCACAGCUGAGGGAAUGGAGAACAUGGCAGAUGCUGUCACGCAUGCCCGAUUUGUGGGCACAGACCCUGCGAGUGAUGAGGUGGUCCUGAUGAAGAUCUUGCAGGUUCUGCGGACUCUUCUCCUCACUCCCGUCGGAGCUCAUCUUACCAACGAGUCUGUGUGUGAAAUCAUGCAGUCCUGCUUUCGUAUAUGCUUUGAGAUGAGGCUCAGUGAGUUAUUGAGAAAAUCUGCAGAGCACACUCUGGUCGACAUGGUACAGCUGCUGUUCACAAGGUUGUCUCAGUUUAAAGAAGAGCCUAAAAGCUAUGUGGGGACUAACAUAAAGAAGUUGAAAAUGAGAGCAGGAGGGAUGAGUGACUCGUCAAAAUGGAAGAAGCAGAAGCGAUCCCCACGAGCCUCUUGCCACGUAACCAAAGUACCUUCAGGAUCAGAGCCGCCCGCUUUCAAUGGCACAGGCACACCCAGCAAUAUAACAGCAGGAGGAGUCAGUUUUGUUGAUGUCCCUUCUCCCAUCUCAUCUGGAAGUUCAGAAAACACGUCGUCUGCAGUCAGCCCAUCUACUGACAGCGGCGUGGAGGUUUCCUCCCACAUGAACUCGAAAGAAGAUCUUACAGACUUGCAGCCGGUCAGCCCUUUGGGAAUUAGCGCAACCGUGCCUUUAAGUGAGCCUAGAUGCAGAGAGCAGCUAGACCUCCAGGAUGAAUACCCCCCAGAAGAAAAGACGCCCUCUGCUUCGGUGGAGUCCAUCCCAGAAGUUCUAGAGGAGUGCACAUCUACGACUGAGCACUCAGACUCCACUUCUGUCCACGACAUGGACUACGUCAAUCCCCGGGGAGUGCGCUUUACGCAGUGUUCCCAGAAGGAAGGAACAGCACUAGUCCCUUAUGGAUUGCCUUGUAUCCGAGAACUGCUCCGUUUCCUCAUCUCCCUCACUAACCCACAUGAUCGCCACAACUCAGAUGUGAUGAUCCACAUGGGGCUGCAGUUGCUCACGGUUGCCCUGGAGCUGGCUUCCGUGGCCAGGUGCCCGUCCCUCUUGGGCCUCGUCAAGGAGGAGUUAUGUCGCUACCUCUUUCAAUUGUUGAGUGUGGAGCGGCUCAAUUUGUACUCCGCUUCCCUUCGAGUUUGUUUCCUCCUCUUUGAGAGUAUGAGAGAACACCUGAAAUUCCAGCUAGAGAUGUACAUAAAGAAGCUGAUGGAGAUAAUCACUGUAGAGAACCCCAAGAUGCCCUACGAGAUGAAGGAGAUGGCCCUGGAGGCCAUCGUCCAGCUCUGGAGGAUCCCUGGCUUCGUCACCGAGCUCUACAUCAACUAUGACUGUGACUACUACUGCGCUAACCUUUUUGAAGACCUCACCAAGCUGCUCUCCAAGAAUGCCUUUCCUGUUUCUGGACAACUGUACACGACUCACCUGCUAUCCCUUGAAGCGUUGCUGACGGUGAUUGACAGCACCGAGGCACAGUGCCAAGCCAAAGUACUGAGCAGCAUCUACCAGCAGGAGAAGGAAGCUUUGAAACUGAAAACAGAAAUGGCUUCUGGAAUCAAAGAAACCAUUGCUGAGGGGCAACUGACAGAAAACAAACCCCCUGUUUCAGAACCACUGGAAGGACGCCCCGCCACGAACGGCUGCUCAGUGGUCGCCCCCAUGGACCAUCGAGGCUGUCUGGAGGUGGAGGGGGGAAACGAUGCAGCAGAGAAGACCAUGCCAAGGAAGCCGACUCGCUUUUCCUGUCUCCUGCCUCCAACAACUGAAUUGAUAAAGAUUAAGAGUAAAAAGAAGCUCUUGAUAAGCGGUUCAGAACAGUUCAACCAAAAGCCGAAAAAGGGGAUUCAGUUUCUGCAGGAGAAGAAACUUCUGGCUUCCCCCAUGGAUAACAAUGAGGUGGCCAGGUGGCUGAGGGAGAAUCCUAGGCUGGACAAGAAAAUGAUUGGGGAAUUUGUGAGUGACCGGAAGAUUGCAGACUUGCUGGACAGUUUCGUGGGGACUUUCCGCUUCCAAGGCUUACGGCUGGAUGAAGCCUUGAGGCUCUACCUAGAAGCCUUCCGGCUGCCGGGAGAAGCUCCUGUCAUCCAUAGACUUUUGGAAGCCUUUACAGAACAUUGGCGAAAAUCAAAUGGGUCCCCAUUUGCUAAUAGUGAUGCUUGCUUUGCCUUGGCCUAUGCAGUUAUUAUGCUGAACACUGACCAGCACAACCAUAAUGUUCGGAAACAGAGUGUACCCAUGACUCUAGAGGAAUUCCGGAAAAACCUGAAAGGGGUAAACGGAGGCAAAGACUUUGAGCAAGACAUGCUGGAGGACAUGUACCAUGCCAUCAAAAAUGAGGAGAUAGUGAUGCCAGAGGAGCAGACUGGCCUUGUGAAGGAAAACUACGUCUGGAGUGUGUUGCUGCACCGUGGGGCCACUGAUGAAGGACUCUUUCUGCACGUGCCGCCUGGCAGCUAUGACCACGACCUCUUUGCCAUGACGUGGGGGCCAACUGUUGCCGCCCUCUCCUAUGUUUUUGAUAAAAGCCUAGAUGAAACAAUAAUCCAGAAGGCGCUCGCUGGAUUCAGGAAAUGUGCCAUGAUAGCUGCCCAUUACGGCCUGAGUGAUGUUUUUGACAAUCUGAUCAUUUCCCUCUGCAAAUUCACAGCCCUGAACAGUGAGUCCAUUGAGAACCUGCCCACUGUUUUUGGAAGCAACCCAAAGGCCCACAUAGCAGCGAAGACCGUGUUUCACUUGGCCCAUCGCCAUGGUGACAUUCUGCGGGAGGGCUGGAAGAACAUCAUGGAGGCCAUGCUGCAGCUUUUCAGAGCAGAGCUGUUGCCAAAAACCAUGGUGGAGGUUGAAGAUUUUGUGGAUCCCAAUGGCAAGAUCUCUCUGCAGCGUGAGGAGACACCUUCCAACCGUGGUGAGUCCACGGUGUUAAGUUUUGUUAGCUGGCUGACACUCAGUGGCACAGAACAAUCUGGCAUGAGAGGGCCCUCUACAGAGAACCAGGAGGCCAAGCGAAUGGCUUUAGAGUGUAUAAAGCAAUGUGAUCCAGAGAAGUUGAUCACUGAAAGCAAGUUUCUGCAACUGGAGUCCCUUCAGGAACUAAUGAAGGCUCUGAUCUCUGUGACUCCUGAUGAGGAAACGUAUGACGAGGAAGAUGCUGCUUUCUGCCUGGAGAUGCUUCUGAGGAUUGUUCUGGAGAACAGGGAUCGUGUGGGUUUCGUGUGGCAGGCAGUGCGAGACCACCUCUACCACUUGUGCGUGAAUGCUGUGGAGUAUUGCUUCCUGGUGGAGAGAGCGGUGGUGGGGCUUCUGCGUCUGGCCAUUCGAUUGCUCCGCAGGGAAGAGAUCAGCGCCCAGGUGCUGCUGUCCUUGCGCAUCCUGCUGAUGAUGAAGCCCAGCCUGCUGAACAGGGUCAGCCACCAGGUGGCAUACGGCCUCCACGAGCUCCUCAAGACCAACGCGGCCAACAUCCACUCCGGGGACGACUGGUACACCCUCUUCACCCUCCUGGAGUGCAUCGGCUCAGGGGUGAAGCCACCCCCGGCUCUGCAGGCGACGGCGAGAGUGGAGAACGACACCGGGGCUCAGUCGGACAGUGAGAUCUACCACCCUAAUGAAUCCAGCCCAGAUCGUGGCUACACUUCUGACUCGGAGGUGUACACAGAUCACAGCAAGCAAAGCAAAAUGCAUCGUUCUGUGACUGACGUCGACGUCGUGAACAGUGGCUGGCUGGUGGUUGGAAGGGAUGACCUGGACAGUCCAAAAGCCAUCAUAGGACCCUCCAAGCCGUGCAGCUCACCGCUGGUGAAUCAGUACAGUCUGACCGUGGGGCUGGAUCUGGGCCCACAUAAUACCAAGUCUCUGAUGAAGUGCGUGGAGUCUUUGUCUUUCAUUGUGCGAGAUGCAGCCCAUGUCACACCUGAGAACUUCGAACUUUGUGUCAAAACCAUCCGUAUCUUCGUGGAGGCCAGUCUAAAUGGAGGGUGCAAGUCCCAGGAGAAGAGGGGGAAGAGCCAUAAGUAUGACCCCCGAACAGCCCGUUUCAAGAAGAAAGCCAAGGAGAGGCACUUGAGGGGCUCCGGCCAGCACCAGCCCCGCUCUCCCAGUGAUGAGGAGGAAGAGGACGAGAGCGUUCCUGCCAGUUACCACACUGUGUCUUUACAGCUGCUGGACCUGAUGCACACCUUGCACACGCGAGCGGCCAACAUCUACAACUCCUGGGCGGAGGAGCAGCACCACCUGGAGGCCGCAGGGAGGAAGAUUGAAGCCGACUCCCAGACUCUGUGGGCCAAUUGCUGGUGCCCGCUCCUGCAAGGUAUCGCCUGCUUGUGCUGCGAUGCGCGGCGGCAGGUGAGGAUGCAGGCCCUGACCUACCUGCAGCGGGCUCUCCUGGUGCAUGACCUGCAGGCCCUGGAUGCCUUGGAGUGGGAGUCCUGCUUCAAUAAGGUGCUGUUUCCUCUGCUGACUAAACUCCUGGAAAACAUCAGCCCAGCAGAUGUUGGCGGGAUGGAGGAGACCAGAAUGAGAGCGUCGACUCUGCUUUCCAAGGUCUUCCUGCAGCACCUGUCUCCGCUGCUCUCCCUCCCCACCUUUGCUGCUUUGUGGCUGACCAUCCUGGAUUUCAUGGACAAGUACAUGCACUCCGGCUCCAGCGACCUGCUGCCAGAGGCUAUUCCUGAGUCGCUGAAGAACAUGCUGCUGGUGAUGGACACCGCCGGAAUAUUCCACAGCGCUGACUCCCGGACCGGCUACUCAGAUCUCUGGGAGAUCACCUGGGAGCGCAUAGACUGCUUUCUGCCAAAGCUGCGAGAUGAGCUCUUCAAACAGACAGUCAUCCAAGACCCCGUUUCAACUUUACCAUCAGAGAUGCAUCCUCCACAACCAGCCGUGUCUGUCCUGCCACAUUCUUCUGGGGGGGACACAAGGCCAGCCCCCCACCCGGCACCUCCUGAGAAGACUCUUGAGCGGACAGCCAGUGAUCCUGAGAAUGCCUCUGCCCCUGGCAGCAGCCCCCCCUCCGGACCUCCGAUCCUGUCUCCAGUGAAAGUGAGUGUGGCGAAAGAGACCCCUACAGCCAUGGCCCAGCAGCCGCUGAUCCUGCAGCCUCUGGCUUCCCCCUUGCAGGUGGGGGUGCCACCCAUGGCCCUGCCCAUCAUCCUGAACCCCGCCCUCAUAGAGGCCACCUCUCCUGUGCCACUCCUGGCCUCCCAGCGGCCCACUGACCCCACGGCCACUUCUGAAGUCAACUGA